AUGGACAUUCCUUUUUCAUGUUAUGAACCAACAUGUUCGCCAUUUGACUUUUAUUCGUUUUUAAAACAUUCGUUAUCAGCAUCUUAUCAAUUUAUUCGAAAAUUUUACGAUAAACACCAGAAAUCAACUUGUUCUCCUUCUACGCGUGAAACAGUUGGUAAUAAGAAGGUUAGCGACAUUAUUUUAAACGAGAAUAAUAAUCAAAAACAUCAACGAUCGAUAAACGACGAAGACGAUAAUAAAUACGCUAUUCCCUUACAGACAUUGUCGCCUGAUGUUUCAAAACAUAACCAAGAGCAAGGAGUAUUUUUGAAUUAUAUUGACGAUUCAACAGCGGAUAAAAAUAGUAAAAUAAUAGAGUUUACGAAUGAUGAAUAUACACCACCAUCAUUUAUUGGAGAAGAGCCACCAUUAUCUGCCAGCGGUUAUCAAGUGUCAAAAAAUGCGUUCGAUAUUUGUAAUAAUAAUCGAACACCAACAAGUCCUUAUCCACAAUCCUUAAAGUUUAUUCAGAUUAAAAAUUCAUUUAUUGUUUAUUCAACUUCACCCGUUGAUUCAUUACAAACACCCACAGCUACUAGUAUUAAGUCGUCAUUUCGUUAUCAACAACAAGAAAAGAGCUUAGAAUAUAUUAAAGAAGAAGAAACAGCUCAUACUUGUGAGAAGAUCGAACAAAUUAAUAAAAUGCCAUUAGCCAUUAAUUACAAAGAUGAUGUGUCAUUAUUAGAGCCAGAAAUAACUGAUCAAUCAAUCACUAAUAGCGUACGUAUCAGUCUGUAA